AUGAAAACUCAAAUCGCCCUCGCACUCACUGAGAUUGCUAAGCCUCUCACCAGAAUCACAGUUCCAAUUCCUGAGCCCAAGGAACACCAGCUACUCAUCAAGGUCUCAUUUGUUGGCAUAACGCCCCUUGAUCAAAAGCUCCGCGACUACAAUAUCUUUAACAUCAGCAGCAACCUCCCCGCCAUUCUGGCUCUCGAUCUUGUCGGCGAGGUGGUAAAGGCUGGAUCCGACGCCUCCAAUUUCCCAGCGAGAUCGAAGGUCUUCUCGCAGGCUUUAUUCAGUAUCUCCAACAAUCUUUCCGGGGGUCUCCAACAAUACACGCUUCAUGACGAGCGGUUUACGGUUCUUGUCCCGAAGAACAUCUCUGAGGCUGAUGUGGCAAUACUCCCAAUAAAUGUCUUCACUUCAGCUACGGCGCUUUUCACUGGCGAAGGGCUCAAUGGUGGCUUCGGAUUCCGUUCCCAGGAACAGGUGAAUCGAAAACUUUUGACUACAAGUCCAUUGCCGUGGUUAUUAUUGGCGGUGGAACUGCCUGUGGCAAGUUCGCUGUUCAGUUUGGUCGGAUCGCCGGUAAUGAAAGAAUUAUUGUUACGGCUUCCUUGGAAUCUGCUAAGGAGCUACGGCGCAACCCAUAUCCUUGACCGCAAGGCAUCUAACCUCGCUGAUCCAACCAAAAAACUCGUUGGAGACGAUCUAGUGUAUCUAUACGAUACAUUUAAUAGAGGCGAUCACACAGUCGGUGUCUCUCUGCUUUCGAACACCAAGAAAAGAACUUUGCUGCACUUGGCUCCUGGUCGACUCGAUGAAAGUGCUGCGUCGGAGAAGAAAGCAGGUUUUGAGCAGAAACAAUUGAGUGGAGCAUCGACACCCACCCAGAUCUUGCGGUCCGCUUUUGGAAGGUGUUCCCAGAGUGGGUUGAGAAGGGAGUGGUCAUAG